UGUAACAUGGAUAAUGGAAGGUUGGCGAGCCUUUAGGAGUAAAUAAGUGUUGGAAACUAUUAUUCAAAUUUAAUGAAACGGAAGCUUUAUUCCUUUAUUAACGCGGUACACUCAAUUCUAUCAUAAAGCGAUAAAAAUGAUGAACCAGGUUGAGUACAUGAGGGGAUUUGGUGGAGAAGUAGAGCGGGCUGAGUUGAAUUUUGGAAGAAAGAAGAACAUUGCGGUUACACCGUACAAGGGAUAUGUUUAUAUCCACAUAGGCAGUUUAACAAGUAGCAGAAGCAUAACUCUUGGGACUGAUGAGUUUAAAGAGCUAUGCAAUCUGAAGCCAGUUCUUUUAAAAGCUGAGGCAGAAAUAAAAAAACAGCUGCAAAAACCUAGCAGGAAAAAGAAGGUUAUAGUUGUUGAAGAGGAAGAAGAAGAAGAAGAAGAAGAAGAAGAAGAAGAAGAAGAAGAAGAAGAAGAAGAAGAAGAAGAAGAAGAAGAAGAAGAAGAAGAAGAAGAAGAAGAAGAAGAAGAAGUAGAAGAAGAAGAAGUAAAAAAAGUUACUUUGAAAAGAAAGAGAAAGGUGAUUGCUAUCAGCGAUAGCGAUGAGGAGGCGGGAGUGUCAGAGUCGGACGUCAGAAAGGUGAUUGUUGCAGCAGAAUCUGGCCCGUUCAAGGGGCUAAAGAAGAAAAAGAAAACAGCUGGAGCUGGAUUCAUACUUUCUGAAGCAGUUGAAGAUGGCGAGUGAAGAUAACACCACCAAUCAGAACAGAAAAAGGACAAUGGGAGAAGAAGUAGAAAAAAAGACACUGAGUGAAAAACGAAAGCGGUCAGCUCCACCUUCAUUAAGAACUUUAUCUGUUGCAUGUAUUUAUAAUAAAUUAACAACAAAAUGUGAUAUUCAAAUGAGAGAUUUUUUUGUAAAAUUCCCUCACCAAUUUUAAUUAUUUUUAUGGAUUAUGCAGACUUUCAAUUUGUUUUAAAUCCUGGAUUUGCCGAAUUAGAUGUGUUUAAUGCUGCCGAGGAAAUUUUUGAUCAAAGAUAUCAAUUAAAUAAAAUGAUAAGGGAAUGCAGCCAUUUCACAUCUGAAGAGAUAUUCAUUCAUUUAAAGAACGUCCCAGGGUCUGUUUUAAAUUCACUCGGACUUUCGUUCAAUAGGGAGAACUUUUCCGAUAUUUUAAGGAAAAUAUUAAACAUGCGAUUUUCACGUGUUUAAUUUACCAAAGAAUAUGUCUCAUAUAUUUUAAUCUAAAAUUUAAGAAAUUUAUUUGUAAUAUUUUCAUCGUGUUUGAAGGUCUUUUUCCCCAUUGCACAAUGUAUUUCACUGGUGCGUUUGAAGGUGUAAUUCCCCAUUUUCAUAAUUGUGUUUAAUUUACCAAAGAAUAUGUCUCUUAUAUUUUAAUCUAAAAUUUAUUUGUAAUAUUUUCAUCGUGUUUGAAGGUGUUAUUCCCCAUUGUCCAAUGUAUUUCACUGGUGUGUUUGAAGGUGUUAUUCCCCAUUUGAAGGUGUUAUUCCCCAUUGACAUAAUGUUUGAAGGUGUUAUUCCCCAUUGUUCUAAUGUUUGAAGGUGCUAUUCCCCAUUGUUCUAAUGUUCGAAGGUGUUAUUUCACAUUGUCCUAUGUUUGAAGGUGUUAUUCCCCAUUGUCCUAUUGCCUUAAUGUUUGAAGGUGUUAUUCCCCAUUGUCCUAUUGUCAUUAUGUUUGAAGUUUGUUUGAAGGUCCAUUUGGGUUUUAAAGUUAUGUAUUUUCAUUGGGGUUUUUAAGUUAAAGUCGCCAUUUUACCAUGCUACUCCCCAUUGCCCUAUGUAUUUCACUUCCCCAGGUUGAUAGCAAACGGAUAAAACUUAAAUAUGUUGAUAUAUUUUAUUAUAAAAUCAUAUAUUUAUUUACAUGAAAUAAAAUAUUAUAUAAUUAU